UUUGUUUAUCCGCCAACUGGUCCAGGAAUCUCCAGUUGCAGAGAUUAACUUCUUGGAAUAUAAUGUGAUUGUGAGCUGUGAAAUGUUGGAUUUUCGCAGGAAGUACGUCUACUCCUUGCUGGCCAUCGUGGCGGUGUUUUUCCUCCUCUAUAGCUUCCUCAAAAGCACUUUGAAGUGCGACCGUGAAAGUAGCCCAAUUGCCAGCUCUUCAGAACUCUUGAGUGGCUCCAAUGUGGUCUUUGCCAUCACACCAACGUACUACAGGCCCGUGCAGAAGGCGGAACUCACGAGGAUUGCUCAAACUCUGAUGCUCGUGCCAUUUGUCCAUUGGAUCCUCGUGGAAGACGCUUCAGAGACUUCUACUCUUGUCCGGAACAUCCUCACUCGCACCGGACUCAGCGCCAGAAGUACUCAGCUGCACGCCAAGACGCCGUCGAACUUCAAGCUGGGCAGGAAUGAUCCCAACUGGAGCAAACCGCGCGGAGUGGAGCAAAGAAACACCGCUCUGGCUUGGAUUCGCCAACACUUCCAGAGCCACCCGCGCCAGGCGGGUGUCGUGUUCUUCAUGGACGACGACAACAUCUACAGCAUUGAGCUGUUCAGGGAGAUGCAGCGCAUCGAGAAAGGACGCGUGGGCGUGUGGCCAGUCGGCCUGGUCGGCGGCCUGAUGGUGGAGAAGCCGCUGCUGGAUGCGACGCAGGAGCGCGUGGUAGGCUUCAACAGUCUCUGGCGCCCCGAGAGACAGUUUCCCAUCGACAUGGCGGGCUUCGCCAUUAGUCUAGACCUCAUUCUGGACAAUCCCGGAGCCAAUUUCAGCUACGAUGUGGAACGCGGCUACCAGGAGACGGCGAUCCUGCGCCACGUCACGAGCGUGGACAGACUCCAGCCGCUGGCGAACAAAUGCCGCGACGUGCUGGUCUGGCACACGCGCACGGAGGCGACGAAGCUGGACGGAGAGAAGAAUCUGAAGAAGAGUGGCGCGAAGCCCUCGGAUUUGGGAAUGGAGGUGUGAGGAGAGGCAAAAUCAGGGUAUUUUUCUGUGCAGUCGAGUGCGACUUAAGUUAUUUUGUGGUUUAUUAGAGAAA